CCGAUAAAUGGUACAAUCGAACAGCUGACUGGCAGGCAUGCGCAAUGAUAACGGUACGGCGCACUCCGCCGUAAAUGGAGAAAGUGCUUUCCUUUCGCGUCACACAGCAUUUGACGCAUCCAACGACAAGUGCAGCGCAUUUUUCCCCGGAAAGGCAAGAGGAAAAAGGAAAAAAAAAACAGAAAGUAAAGUUCGGAAUAACGGUGGAAAACAUAGGGAAAAACCACAAGUGGUGGCUGGAUACCGUUACCAAGGACUAUGGACCUUUUCCAUUGCAAGAAAUGGCGCUAAUUGAGUUGUUGUUGUUGUUACUACCUAUGAUGGCGUGCAAGGGCGAAGCAACAACCACAGCAAGCGGAAUCGCCUGAAGCAGCGACAUAAACGCACGCACACCACCAGAGCGACAUUUGGCCCACAGAAACGCACACAACUACAGAAAGGCUUAGAAAGAGACGGGCAAUAUGGAGGACCUCUUCUUGCUCAUUAUCAAGGAGUCAACGGGCACUAAACACAAUGCGCUGCGGCAAACGGCGCAAAUCGCUUACGAUAAGCUGUACCGCCAGCAUGGAAUCCACCGAGAUCCGUCGCACGAGCUGCGCUCCGUUUGCUUUACCGCUCUGCAGAUGGCGCUGGACACGAAGCGACCCAAGUUCAUCACGAUGGGACUCAACGGCCUCCAUCGCGUCAUCAAGGACGAACGAUUCUACAUCGGCCUCGAGCCGGAGGACGACUCCGUGUGGCUGCCAUCGCAGCUCCUGAGAGCCACUAACGGCAUCCUGCCUACGACGAGCAGCGAGGACACGGUGGUCAACGUGCUCCGACUCUUCUUGGCGAUGGCCUGCUCGCCCGCAUGCACCCUGAACGGCCGCCUCCUAAUCGAGAUCCUGUCCAGGUGCGGCGAGUGCUGGGAGAUGGGCUCGCGGGCCACUAAGGCUGCCUCCUUGGCCGCUGCCUCCCAGUGCCUGCGUACAUUUUGCGCCUUUCUCAUCGAGGAGGCCGAAGAGGUCAAGAAAACUGCGCCCGCCGGCCUGAUGACCCAGACGCAGGCCUCCGCCGUCUACAACGAGGUCAUCCCGGUGAUGCAGUGGCUCUGCAGCCGGCUGGUGGAGCCCAACGUGAAUGCCUCGCCGAACAAGAAGUGCGAGAACCACAGCUCGCUGUAUCUCACCGAAUGCAUCCUUACGCUGAGCUCCGCUCUGCCCCGGAAUGUACAUGCCAAUCCGCACUUCACCUCGUUUCUCUGGCAGAAGUUCUGCCCGACUUUGGCGGCGGCACUGGGAUCCCCAGGAAGGAUCAACCUGGACAAGAAGUUUACUUACAAGGAUGCGCUACACAUGAUUGAGAACGAGGCUCGUGGCUUCUUCACCGGCCCAGGUUUGGAUGGUCCCCAAGCACGCUGCGUCUAUUUGACCGCCAUACAGUUACUCCGGAUUGCCGGAGCCCACGGAUCACUGCGGCCCAUGCUGGAGGCCCUUUUCCAUCGAAUGCUUCUACUGCCAGCUCCCCAAAAUCGCACAGAGCCACUUCGAUGCGUUAGGGAGAUCUUCAAGAGCCCGGAGCGCCUGAUCGACCUGGCGGUGAUUCUUUAUGUCGACAAGAACACCGCUCAAGGAUGCAGCGAUGAAAUGGCGUUAUUCCGGCUUUUGGUGGACGCCAUGGAAGAGUGUGCCUAUGGCGCCAGCGGCGUGGGUUCCGCAACGGAGGCCAGUCUGCAGGCCAGCGUGGAGUGCAUGGUGGCCCUGCUGGACAGCCUACAAGUUCUUUGCAGCGGAGAGCUCACCGAGUCCAUGAUAAGCGACCAGAUCGUCCAGGUGGUCAACGGGCGGCACGACCUGCUCAAGGAUGCGGACUACUCCGGUCCACUCACCUAUCAGAGUAUGGCCCGCCUUCCAGCUCCGUAUCGAGAUGCCAUUGUUGAGUUCCGGCAGACCGUUUUCGAAACUUCAUCGGGAUCGGAGAGCGAGGGUGAGCCGCAGCAUGAGCAGGAUGCUGCCUCCAAUGGUUCCGGGGACACAGAAGGACCCGAGGACGACGAUCCAAGCAGCUCCAGCGAUGAAACGUCUCGUGUGGAGAACCGCUGGCCAUACUCGCAUCUGGAGGCGCCCGUGAUGCCCAUACGAACCGAUAGCGAUAAUGAUCGGCAGCACGCUCGCGAUUUCGCUCGGGCCUUGAGGCAGGAUCUGGUCCCGAAACUUCUGCGACUGCGCAGCUGCGUGGAGCUGGACGAGGCGAUGCAGGAGUUCGCAUCCGCCGUUUGCCAGGAGAACAGCAUGAACUUCUCGGACUUUGACUACAACCUGACCGCCAUCAAUGCGGACGGGAUCUACCUGGCCAUCUACUCCUCGCUGCUGCUCAGCCUGCAGCUGAUGCGGGCCGGCUACUACGAGCAGGUGGCCCAGGGCAUGUCCCACAAGGAUAUCCUGGUGCCCAUGUCGGAGCAGCAAUUUGUGACUUCGGUCCAGAACACGGGUGUCCUUGUCUAUCUCUCCUCGCCUUGGCUGUGCGAGCUCUAUCAAUCGGUGACCGUUUGCAAUGUACUGGAGGCCAUGCCCCGCCAGCAACUGGAAGGCAUGGGACCGCGCUGCGCCCUCGUCGACAUGCUGUGCGAUGCCGGAGGGCUGGGUGCCACCCAGAUGCUGUCGGAGUGGCAGCGCCUGCAGACGGCCAAUGUGAAGCACAAGGAGGAGGAGCAGCUGCACGAUAAGCGCCGAGAGGCAGCCAAGAAGCUAUGCCGCCGACUGCUCACCUGCUGCUGGGACUCGAUGGUCAUCGUGCUGAGCUCUGGCUUGGGCGAUCUGCAGACCAGCUCCGCCUCCAACAAACUCGUGGCCCUUUCUAAGCGAACACUAAGGGUGAAGGCCAAGGCGAAUAAAUCGAACGGAGAGGCCCUGUAUGCCAUGUGUCUGGAUGGUUUGCAUUCGGCCGCCACGCUUAGCAACAGUUUGAAUCUGCAGCAUUUGGCCGGAAAGAUACUCAACCUGCUGGCCUCAAACGUCUGCCAGACCUCCGGGCCGCGAAUCUCCGCCAGCCAGGCCAUGUCCAUGGACGUGGUGCUCACCGGUGGUCUGAAUCUGGGCAGCUACAGUGCAGAUUGUUGGCCAAGCAUUUUCGCCGUUUGCCGUCAUGUCAGCCAGUUGGAGCAUGAGAUCUUCAGCAUGCAAAAUCCGGCCAUUUCCGCCUCACCGGGCAGCAGUCGCCGCGACUUGGAGACGGGCGAAAAGCUGAGCAACGGAAAUGCCCAGGAUAAGCUCAAUCUGUCCUCGAUCCCCAUCGAUGAUGAUGAGACCUGUGUGGAUGUGUACAGCUUCCUGCAGGCACCGAUGCAGAGUCCCAAUACGAAUAUCACCUCCAUCUUAAAGGUCUACUCCGGAACGAAUGAGACAGUGCUACUGAGUCAGAGCGACACCUCCAAGGUGCUCUGCGCCCUGUCCCAUCAGGCGGAAAAUCUGUUUGGAGACGCCGCCGAAAGACUCAGUCUGCCCUCGCUGUGUCAGUUCCUCAAACAUUUGUGCCGCGCCUCCAGGGAUCAGCUGUACAAGAGCCAGGUGGCGCGCAAGGGCAGUCGCAUCUGGUGGCCCAGCAAGGGUUGGAAGAAGCUGGACUCGCUGCCCAUGUCGCUGCUCCUUCACCGUAUUGGAGAUGUCACGCUGAAGGUGUUCCGCAGCUCCCGCCCGCUGCUGCACGUGCUCAAAGUUUGGGCCAUCACAGGACCGCAUCUGAUGGAUGCUGCCUGCCACCGGGAUCGGAUGAUUUCGAAGCGGGCAAUUGAGUAUAUCCACGACAUCAUUACUGCGCUUCUUGUGGAGCAGUCAGAGCUGCCGUACUUCCACUUCAACGAGGCACUGCUGAAGCCCUUCGAGAAUCUGCUGAGCAUGGAUACGGAUGUGGAUGUACAGGAUCAGAUUGUGGCCUGUCUAUACGAGGUGGUGGAGGCGCACCGCACAGAGAUCCGAUCCGGAUGGCGACCACUGUUUGGUACGCUUCGGAAUGCUCGAAGCCGGAUGCUGAACAUGAGCAACAUCAUCGAUAUCUUCCGGGUGUUCCUCGACUCGGACAACACGCUGGUGUUUGCCAACGCCGGAUUGGAUUGCAUUCUGUGCUUGCUGUCCUAUCUGGAGAUUUCUGGAGGAGGAAAUAACAAUGCCUGUUCCGGUGGGAGUGGAAGUGCAGCGGGAGGAACUGCAUCGAGUGGUGGCCAGCAGGAGGAGGACAACACCUUCCGGCCCACGGACUUCCUCCACGAGACUCUUCGUUUCCUUGAGCGGUGCUCCAGCAUCCUUGGUUUCAUGCACAGUAUGCCCAAGUGUCCCAACUUCCACUCGACGUACAAGAUCAAGGGCAUCUCCUACACGCACAUCAUUGACGCGAAUAUUCCCAGUUCGAUGGAGAACUUUACUUACUUCGGGAACGAUUAUCUGCAGACGCGGAAUGAGCAGUACAUGAUAUCCUACAGGUCUCUGCAUAUCGAUAAGGACACCAUUGUCAAGAUUGACGAGAUGGACAAGCCGUCGGGUGUGCUCAAAGUUUGGUUCCUGCUGCUCGAUGGGCUCACAAACUCGCUGAUUGUUUGUCCCUACUCCCACCAGGCGCCAAUCCUGCAAACGAUCUUCAAGCUGUUCAAGAACCUGCUGACCAGCCCGGGCAUCGAUUUCGGUUUCUAUUGCAUCAACCACCUGCUGGUGCCGAUGAUUCAGGAUUGGCUGAGGUACAUCAACAAAACGGGCUCCUCCUGGCAGCUUGUAGAGAAGAACUUUAAACACUGCUGCUGCAUGACUACCGACCUGGUAGUGGAGUUCAUUGAGAAAUCGGUGCCGGAGCAACGGCGUCUAGGAGCGGGAACCAAGACGCGAUUGGCGCAGAUAGUUCAUCCCGCGGACAAUCUUCUGUACUCCAAGCUGAAAUUCGUGACGGAAAGAAUAGAAAGAGAGCAGCAGCAGCAGCAGUCGCCGUCUGUACAAGAUCACGGUUGUGGCUACACUCAGCAGUACGACAGUAGCUCCAGCUCCGCUAGCGAGGAGCAGCAGAAGAACGGAGGAGGUGUUGGAGGAGGCGGAGCGAACCUAAUAGAAUCGCCCACCAAGAUCUCGGGUUCGGCCACGCUGGCCUUGAAGCAAUUGCUGCUGGUCCUAAUCGAGUGUGCUGCUCAGUCGCAGGAGGCGAUCGCUAGGAUAUCGGUUUCCUGUCUGAAGCAUGUGAUCCUCUCCACCGGCAUGCUCUUCAAUGAAUCGCAGUGGAUGAUCGCCUGCUCUGCAAUCCAUCGCGCCUGCACCGUGACAAUUGCUCCGCUGCGUCAGCUCUCGUUCGCUUUCCACGAGAAGUCGAAUAGUUUCUACGGGGACUGCGCUAACGUGAAGGUGGCUGCACGACGGGAUAGCAGCCUGGAGGAGCUGGCCAGGAUAUAUGCGCUGGCGCAGCAGGUCUUCCUGUCGGACAAUCAGCGGGAACCGGGUCAGAAUCAGGCUCCCACGCCCAGUGCCUCGCAGUGCAAGUUGUCAGACGAUCGGAGCUACUCGUUUCUCUUGUACCCGCUUAACAAUGGCUUCAACUCGAACCUGGAUAACUUUGUGAUCCGGAUUCCGUUCAAGAACCUGGUGGUCGGUCUGCUGGCUAACCAGAUGUUGCUUCAGCUGGUGGCCAAGUUGCUCCUGUCGCGGUUGAAGUGUGUGCCCCAGGCGGUGUCCACCUGCAUCUUCGACAACUAUGCCGCUUCGGCGGCAUCACCCAGUCACGACUACGACCUGGACUUUCGCUCCAAGGAGAUCCUGCUGCGCUGUGUCAAGCAGUACCUGAUGUCCGCCCUGGAGUUCGAUUCGCGACCCGGCCUCAAGUUCCUCAUGCAGAAGGUGUCGAACAUCGAGUACGCCGCGAAUCUGUAUAAGCAGAUGACCUCCUCGUGGAUGAUCUACUAUAUAGCGCUGGUCGACUCGCAUCUCAACGACAUUGUUGUGUACAAUCUGGGACCGGAGGAUCUGAACUUCAUUCUGGAGUCAUGCUCCCGCCUGAACACCACCACUGUGAAGAAGAAGGAGAAUUUUGUGCGAUAUCUGUUUUGCCUGCAGGACGCCUGGAAUCUGGUAUGUGAGCUGUACUUGAGUAACUCUGCCCUUCAUGAGAUCGAAAGUGGUUCGGGCAAGCUGCGCCAGAAGCCACCGCAACUGCUCCACCAUCCGCAGACGAAGCCCAUGUGCAUCUCCCUCAACGGCAAUGGAGAUGCCGAGAUGACAGACACGGGCUCUGGUUCCGGAUCCGGAUCCGGCAGCAGCACCUCGCCCAGCAAGUGCGUCCAGCUGCAAGAGGAGGAGAAUGUGACCAUGACCACGUUGAUCAGCGAGUUCCAGCCCAAAUGCCGUAGCAAUCCGUUCGACACCAAUCGACAGGCCAAGUCCUCGGAGGCGGAGUCAAUUUCGCCGGAAAUUGAGCAGCAGCGAGCCAGCAGCAUCCUCAAAGACUCCAACUACAAGAGGGCUGCGCUCGCCCAGCUAGUGGUGGCCUCCAUGGAGCUUCUUCGAUCGCUGCCCGGCGAGGCCGAGGAGAACCUGAAGCUCCUAAUGACCCCGACUAUUCGCGAGGCCUUCCGUCUAGUCCAGCUGCAGGGCAACGAGCUGAAGGUCAACCAGUUUUAGGCCAUGCUUGUUGAGUUUUAUUUUGAUCUGUAGGCGCAGCCCCUGCACCUACUAAUGGAUCCUUCCUCCUCCUUCCAGAAGUCCUCCGAAAGUAAUCCUCCUCCCGCUCCCGAAUGGCUAAUUUACAGCUACGUCUGCAUCUCAUGCUCUCUCUGUCUCACUCUCUAUAUCUGUCUCUCUCCGUCGGUGGAGGGUUGAUGCUUCAGUGCGGCCAACUAUAUAUCACAAGUAUAUCAAUGGGCAAUGGCUGUGUCCUUAGCUGUGCCCUAGAACGUGAAAGUGUUGUCCGUGUUGUUCUUGUUACCUAUACCUACAUAAAUAUUUGUGGUGUGUAAAUGGAUAUACUCCAGCAAACUAUAGAAUAUCUAUACCUCAGCGCUAUCAGUAUCAGUAUUAUCUUCUAAAUCGGUGUUACGUAAAGUAUUCAACUAUUGUAUUAUUAAUUGACUAAUGAAGCAGGUAUCAGUUUCUAAAAGUUUCGGUUUACGUUUAAUACGUAGAACAGUUCGUUGUUUUCUUCGCACAUUCUAUACCAUAUAACAAACUUGUUUAAAAAUAAUUGCUAUGCCUUACUAGCAACGUUGGUCACACUAUUCGCAGACUCUCCAUUUGUCCCUCUCGCCCGCGGUUCCCAGCACAGCAGGCAAACCAUUUCAAAGUAAAAGCUCAACAUGCCAGCACAAAAAGCAAAUCUAUCGAAAGUACAACAAUGUCGAUGCAUUGCAAGGAUAUCAGAUACGUAGGAUAUCAUCUUGUGAUUAGAGGAUGAAUAUGACGAUGAAGCGUAGACAACGUAGUCCUGUACAUUACAUUUAGUCAAGACUUUCUCACACUUAGCCCCUGCACGGUCCCGCCCCCAUUCCUCCUUCUCCCGUUUAGCCCCCAACCACGCCCCCUUUCCCAGCACUUUUCGACUUCUAAUAUUGUAAAGAUGUAUCAGCGAGCACCUGCCCCGCCCUAAAAUCAGUAAAUUAUAUAUAUACAUAUAUAAAUAUAUUUAUUAAGAGUGUAACCUAUGUAAACUUAUAGCGAAUGUUAACUAACACAAAAUCAGUGCCGCCCAUUAAUCCACGAUUACCACCAUUAACGAUUAGAUCACAAACGCGUACACAUAGAGCCUAUACUAAAAAAAAACAUAUGUGUGUCCAAGUAGUCCCGCGCUGCCUUUAAACAAAUACUUGCAUACUUUUGUACCAGUGUGCGUACCUAAGAGAAAAAUACGGAAAAUAUCGGAAGUAUUGUAACCGAACAAAUUCUAGCCACCUUGCUGCACUAUCAAAUCAAAGCUUACUAGCCUAUAUUUUCACGCCCACACACACAUGCCACAUAAUAUCAGGGAUCGGAGCAGAUCGGGAAUCGGGCAGUACAUAUAUACAUAUUUAGAACUCCGGGUUCCCCUGCCUCUGUCCCACCACCAUCGUUUGGUCCCGCGCCCAGCUAAUAAUGAUACCGAUACCUACAUAUACAGACAGCUACGUACAGUUAUAUGCCUAUAUAAAGAUCUAAAGAGUUAUAUAUUGAUAUACAUAAAUGUACUUAUAUGUAUUAUAGUUGCCACUUGGAUAUAAAUGUUGUAAAUGUCUAACAAAGGAAACAUUUUUAUAUGUGAAAACUAUUAGCAACAGCGCUACAAAUCUAUACAUAUACUAUUAUUAUAAAUCUAUACAAAUAUACAUUUAUUUUCGCUUCGUCGUAUACAGUAUAUAGAGAACCAUGUACUUGUGUUAUUUACUUGCCCAUCUCGACUCUCUCAAUCUAUAUCUUUCUAUUGACUUGUAAGUGUAAGUGCGAAGAGAGCAGUUGCAGAGGCCCGCAGAAAGUGUAGAACAAAUGAAGAAAAGACCGCGAUCGCGCUAGGCUAUUACUAAAACUCUCCAAGAGUGCAUUUGUAACAUGAAUGAGAAUAAACGACUCCACAACGCUUUCGCAACUUUACUAAACAAAUGUGAA